AUGAUGGUGGGGAAGCAGGUUGAAGCUUUGGCCUCCAAAGCACUGGUAAUGGCCUUAAGUGACAGCGUGGUUAUGGUUUCUAUUGGUUCAAAAGCAUUGGUGUCAAGAAGGUCAAUGGGCGACCACGAUCAUGAAUCCCUCGAGCAGGCCAAAACUAAGAGGAGAAAGCAUAAGAAAGGAGCAGCAGCUCAUGAACUCGAUUCCAAUCCCAAACGCACCAACACCAACUCCAACCCCAACACCUUCACUUCACCGCCUCAACUAUCCCGUGUUAGGAAACAACUUGACCCUGAAACAACCCAAUACUUCUCAGAAAUUGCUAAUCUUUUUGAAACUGAAGGGGUGCAAUUGGAGGAACGAUCACUUAUAUGUGCUAAUGCUCUCCAGGAAACCAAGGGGAAAGAAUUCGAAAUAGCAACCGAUUAUAUUGUUAGCCACACUUUGGAGACCAUUCUCCAGGGUUGUGAUGUAGACCACCUUUGUGAUUUCCUUCGAACUUCUGCUAACGACUUCCCCUAUAUUGCAAUGGAUAGAUCUGGUUCUCAUGUCGCUGAGACGGCCAUCAAGUCUUUAGCCGUUCAUCUCCAAGACGAUGAAGCUCGCCCUCUGGUUGAGGAGGCUUUAACCGUGAUAUGCAAGGUAAUUGCAGCAAAUUCCGUUAAUGUAAUGUGUGACUGCUAUGGUUCUCAUGUGCUGCGGACUCUUCUCUGCCUUUGUAGAGGAGUGCCGUUAGAUAAGUCUGGAUACUAUUUAUCAAAAUCAAAUACAGUAUUAGCAGAGCGGUUGAAUUCAAAGGAGUUUUCAAAUAAAGAUGUUGCAACAAAUUUUCAGCCUGGAUUUCCAAAUUUACUGAAAUUACUUGUAUCAGAUACGUUAAAGCAUGCUAAGAAAUGUAUUAAGACACUACAAGUUGACCAAUUCAGUAGUUUGGUUUUUCAGACAAUGCUGAGGGUCUUGGCAGGUGAUGAUGAAGAGUUGUUACGUGUGAUUCCUUUCCUUCUUGGCUGCAAGGAUAAAAAUAAUGCAGAGGACAAUUUUAUAGACACUAAAUUAUCAGCAGAUCUCAAGAAUUUGUUAAAGGAAUCUAAAUUUAGCCAUCUAAUGGAGGUUGUUUUGGAAGUAUCUCCUGAGGCCUUGUUUAAUGAAUUGUUCACCAAAGUAUUCAGGAAUUCCUUGUUUGAGUUAUCAUCUCAUCAACAUGGGAACUUUGUUGUUCAAGCAUUAAUUUCUUGUGCAAACAAUCUAGAUCUGAUGGAGUUGAUUUGGGAAGAACUUGGUCCAAAUCUGGAGGAUCUUUUCAAAAUGGGAAGGUCAGGAGUUGUUGCUUCUCUUGUUGCUGCCAGUGAAAGGCUUCAUGUUAAUGAACGCAAGUGCUGUCAAGUCCUUGCUGAAGCAGUAUGUCCAGUGGAUGAGUCUCCAAAAGGGAUUGUUCCACGACUCAUGUUUCUUGAUAGCUGUUUCACAUAUGAAGAUAAGUCCAACUGGAGCUGGCAAAGUGGUGCUAAAAUGAAUGUCAUGGGUUCUCUGAUCUUACAGACAGUAUUCCGUUUUAGAAGUGAAUAUAUACAACCUUAUAUCACGAGUAUAACUACCAUGGAAGCUACCCACGUGCUUGAAGCAGUGGGAGAUUCAAGAGGAUCACAUGUUAUUGAGGCUUUUCUAUGUUCAGGAGCUUCAGGGAAACUGAAGCGCAGAUUGGUUACCAAACUGCGAGGGCAUUUUGGAGAGAUCGCACUCCACUCAUCUGGUGCUUUUACCGUUGAAAAGUGCUUCACUGCCAGUAAUCUGUCACUAAGAGAGGCUAUAGUGUCGGAGGUGUUGGCUGUGCGAAGUGAUCUUUCGAAGACAAAGCAGGGCUCUUUCCUAUUAAGGAGACUAGAUGUUGACGGAUUUGCAGCGAGUCCUGAUCAUUGGCGGUCAAAACAAGCAUCCAAAGAAUCUACUUAUAAAGAUUUUUAUACUAUGUUUGGUUCCAAUGAUACAAAGUUGGCGAAAAAUGAUUCAUUUCUUGCUGACACCUCGAAUACAAAAUCAAAUCCAAAAAAUGUAAAGGAAAUGAGGAAAGAAAUUGACCAAUCUCUAGGUUCUGGUGCACCAUUUUUGAGCUAUCAAAAAAAUUCAAAAAAGGAAAAGCACAAAAGUAAGAAAAAUGCUUAUAUUAGAAGGGAGGAUGAUGACUCUAACAGAAAGAAGAGAUCUAAAAAGGAUAAGGUUGGAAGUGGGUUUGAUAGUGCUGCUACUGCAGCAACCGGGAAGACAGUGAAGAAACGGCGAAGAGAUGGUGACUUUUCCGAGGCUUCUCUGAAGAAAGUGAAGGCAUCCAACGCAUAG